CCUACGUCGAGGCCCUCACCCUAUACGCGACGGUGGUGGAAUCUCGAUCUGACGAGACUCCGAAAAGAUUACACCCAGGUACGAAACCGCUGUCGGGGCCUGCGAAGGGCUGGCACCAGUGAUGAAUCGCUGGAGCGGGCGGCCCGAGAGGCCAAAAAGCGCUUCCACGACACGGUGAAACGACAAAAGAAAUGUCACUGGGACGAGUUUCUACAGAACACCGACAACAUC